CACUAUUACCAGUAGACAUUUGUGUCCUCUGUUUAUGCCGUUUGCAUUUCUUCACGUUCAUUCACUUCCAUUCAACACUUCCGUCACCGUCACCGUCACCGGAAAACCCAAUUCCCGAUGAGGAAAUCAACCAGACUAUCUUCCGCCGGCCUCGCCCAAGUCCGAGAACCGGUUAGGAAUUUCAGGACAAGAUUUUCUCUCACGUCGUACGCGAAGCGUGUUCAGCAGCUGACGGCGGAGCAACGAUCCGCGAUAACGAAAACGGGUUUCGGGAACCUGUUACGUGUUCCGAAUCACUCGCUGAACAAGGUUUUCUUAACGGAGGUGAUGGAAGCUUGGAGCUGCGAGAAGCGGGCUUUCGUUAUCGGGUCGGGCGAGAUCCGAAUGAGCUUGUUAGACGCUGCUUUGAUUAUGGGCCUUCGGGUCGUGGGUGACCCGGUUGUGUUGAAGGAGGAUGAACCUUUCUCGGAUUUCGAAGGCUCGUAUGAAGCAAAGGAAGGGAAGAGGAAGGUGUUGAUGAGUUUUCUUGAAGAGAGGCUCGAUUCAAUUGGGGAAGUUUCGAGCGAUUAUUUUGUGAGGACGUUCUUACUUUACACGAUUGGAACCUUUUUAUCUUCCAAUGAUGGUAAAGUUGAUUCACGCUACUUGCACUUUCUAAUGAAUUUGGAUGAGGUUUCUCGAUUUGCGUGGGGUGUUGCUAUUGUUGAAGAUUUGGCUCAGUGGCUAGAUAAGAGGAAAGAAAAUAAUGUGCAAUAUGUUGGUGGUUGUCUUAUAUUUCUCCAAACAUGGUGUUAUGAGCAUUUUGAUAUAGCACGACCACAGUUGCAAUGUCAUGAUUUGACCUUUCCUCGUGUGUGUCGAUGGGAUAAUAGUAAAUCUCUCCAAAGGCAACGAGGUACUUCAAGGUUAAAGGACCUGCAUGAUGACCAGAUAAUUUGGAAACUCCAACCUACCUCUGAAGAGUUACAACUAGAGAUAAUCAAAGAAGCACUGGAGUUGGUGGGUGACAACGAAGAGCUUCAAAGUGAAGAAAAUUGUUCGAUUAACACAUUAAAUAAAGUUCCUGGUGUAGGUUCAGAGUUACAAGUUAGUGUCUCUAGUAAAGUACUUAGAGAGGAUGGGGAUAAUUUUGAGAAUCAGGUAGUGGACGACACUCCCACAAGGUUGAGCAGUUGUGAUGAAGAAUAUAGAGAGCAGGAGACCAAUCUUGAAAACCUUAUAGUGUUGGACACCCCCCCAAAUCUGAGCAUUUGUGACGAAGUAAAUAGAGAGAAGGAGAUGAAUCUUGUAAACCUGAUAGUGUUGGACAGCCCCCCAAAUUUGAGCAUUUGUGAUGAAGUAAAUAGAGAGCAUGAGAUGAAUCUUGGAAACCGGAUAGUGGAGGACACCCCCACAAAUUUGAGCAUUGCUGACGAAGUAGGCAGAGAGCAAGAGUUCAGUGCUGAAAAAUUCAAAAUGAACGACACUCCCCCAAAGUCGAGCUUUUAUGAUGAUGAUUUAAGAAAGAAAAGUGUCAUGUUAGAAGAGGAAAAUGCCCAAUUAAAGAUGAAAAUAGGCCAAGUAAUGGAGGAAAAUGAACUUCUCCGUAGGCAGAUUUUAUCAAAUACCCAAUUUGAAGAGCAGAACGCUGAGUUAAAGAAAGAGCUGGAUUUCUUGAGAGAAGAACUCAGAAUUUUAAGAUUGUCAGAAAGUAGCUUUUUGGACCGAAUGGAUAGACAUAUUUUGGAUUACGAAACUGAUGCAACUGCAAAAACAUGCUAUUCUUGAACUUCACCCUUAAACAUACCUAGCUGCUUGCAGAUAGAGCUGUGGCACUCAAACCACCCGUUACAUGCUAACUUUAGACCUUGCUGCAGCCGCUACAUCGAUCGAUCUCAGUUCUUUCGCAACAGCCAAGUGUAUAUAUUUGUUGUUAAGGUAAACAUACAUUAUUCUAUCUAAUUUACGUGUGGAGGUUUCUAUUAAGUGAAACUAUGAAAUUCAUGGCAGGUAAACAGAACUAUUUAUUUUUAUCUUUGUUGUAUAUUAGUAUAGUAGAUUGUUCAAGUACUUCUCCAAAAACGAGGCAUCCUCCAUCCCCUAGAUUUUUGGGUGC